GAAAGAGAGGGAGGGGUGAGCUCAGAGCCCCAGUCUCAGUCUCUAUUGUGAGAAAGAAGAGCGAGAUUUUUUGCAGCGACACACAAACCGUCGUCGAGUCAAAUCGAGUCGUACCCAAAUCAGGGAAAAAAGAAAAAACAUGGAGGAGGACAUGGACGAGGGACAGAGCCAGAAAGGAUGUAUGGAGUGCUGUCUGAAGUGUCUGCGUGGGAUCCCGUACCCGUCUCUGAUCGCCACCAUCCUGCUGUACGCGGGUGUGGCUCUGUUCUGUGGGUGUGGUCAUGAGGCUCUCUCCGGCACCGUCUCAAUCCUACAGAACUACUUUGAAGUGGUCAGGACUGCUGGAGACUCGCUGGACGUCUUCACCAUCAUCGACAUCAUCAAAUACGUGAUCUACGGCAUCGCCUCGGCUUUCUUCGUCUACGGGAUCCUGCUGAUGGUCGAGGGCUUUUUCACAAGUGGAGCCAUUAAAGAUCUGUACGGAGACUUUAAGAUCACCGCCUGCGGUCGCUGCGUUAGCGCAUGGUUCAUCAUGCUGACGUAUAUUUUCAUGCUGGCCUGGCUGGGAGUGACGGCCUUCACCGCUUUGCCCGUUUUCGUUUACUUCAACAUCUGGACUAUUUGCCAAAACACCACUGUACUGGAGGGAGCGAAUCUGUGUCUGGACCCACGCCAAUUCGGUGUUGUGACUAUCGGAGAGGAGAAGACGGUGUGUGCAGGAACUGAGAAAUUCUUCAAAAUGUGUGUAUCUAAAGAGCUGGAUAUGACCUUUCACCUGUUCGUGUGUGCGCUGGCCGGAGCCGGAGCCGCUGUCAUCGCCAUGAUCCACUACCUGAUGGUUCUGUCGGCUAACUGGGCCUACGUGAAGGACGCGUGUAAGAUGCAGAAAUACGAAGACUGCAAGUCCAAAGAGGAGCAGGAGCUUCACGACAUCCACUCCACACGCUCCAAAGAGCGACUCAACGCCUACACAUAAAGCAGGAAGUAGCACAGAAGGGGGCGGAGCCUCAGGCACUGGCUGGUGCCAUCCAAUGACCAAUGGUGUGUCACAUGACCAACCCCAUGGCCAACCCUAUGAUUAUUAAUAUUGUUAUUAUUAUUACAAUUAUGUCUAACUAGUGGUGGAUUUUUUUUAUGUACGCUUUCAUGAGAAAUGUUCAUAGCUUUUUUUUUUCACACUAUAACAAAUUUCUUUCCCUUUUUUAAGACAUCAGUAUUAACGUGCGUUGUUAUUUCACGGGUCGGUUGUAGGGUAUAAAGCACAUUCUUUUCAUGUGUGUUUGUGUUUCCAGUGCUUUUAUUUUAAAGAACAUCACACAUGAAUGAAAACAAAAAGUUUUAAAAAAAAAUUUACAUUUUGUUUGUUUGUUUGUUUGUUUGUUUGUUUUUUAAUCUGUGAGAGUUUUGGCCCAGAAGCAGCAGAUUGCUUGUACAUUCUGCGUUAUUUUGGAAAUAAAAAAAAGAGUCAAAAAACAGAAAAAAGAAAGACAAAAUUAGUAGGAAAUGAUGUAACAUAUAGGGUUUAUUUAUUAUUUUUCUACAGAUAACACUACAAAACGUAUCCAGACAAAAAAAAGGUUAUGAGUUCUUUACUAGCAGUCGCACAGCCUACAGUGUUUUUACCCCGUUUUAUUUUCAUACAGAUGAUAGCUGCAGGUAAGUAGACCGUGAUUUUCAAUUUAUUUUAAUUUUUUCUUUUUUUUUUUGUAUAUAGCCAUUCUGUAAAUGUACACACGUACUGUAUGGAAGCACUUCAAUUUCAGGUGAAUUCAUAUACAACUACAUUCCAUGUUAUGGGAAAAAAAAAGGGAGAUGGGUGGAGGAAGAGGGGAUGGUGUUCAAGAAAAAAAAGAAAAAAAUAGACAAAAAAAUAAUGAAAUUCGUGUUUGUGGAGUUUUUAAACGGGGCAUGACAGCUAAAUCAAAUAUUCAGAUGCUAUAAUAAUCACAGAUGUACAUAUUAGAGCCCUAGAUAGACGACAAAAGGCUAAUGGCACUUGCUGCUCAAAAGUAAGUGCCCUCUCUCUUUUUUUUUUUUUUUUUUUUGAUGCAUCAGAGAAUAGCCAGGAAAAGAUCUGCAAAUAUUUUAAUGUAAAAAAAAAAAGUCAAUAAAUAAAUCAUUUUUGCCGAGAAGAUCUACUGCAUUGCUAACUUAAUGUUAAUGUCACGUUGAGUAACGCUAAUGACUCGUAACUUGAAAAUGAUGAAAAACACGUACACAGAGGCACACACCAAUGUUGUAGAUAAAACGUGUCAGCAUUUUCACAUUUUUAUAAUUUUUUAAAAAAUCUGAGCUCACUAUAUCUGCGUAACUUUAUUAAAUAAGUUGUCUAAUCUAGUUAGCUCAUGUUUGUGGAGAAAGUCGUCUAGCUAACAACGAUAAUGUUGAUUCUUUGAGUAAUGCUAAUGACUUAUUAACUGUUUAAAACAAUGAAAAAUUGUAAGCAGAUGCGCAGAAAUUGUUCCAGAUCAAAUUCAUGGACAUUUUCCUUCUUUCUGCAUUGUUUGAAAAAUGGAAAACUUGCCUCACAUUAACGUGUAUCAAAAUGACAUCACUAUGAUUUCUUGAAAUGUAUUUAUUUUUAAUUUUAAGCAAACAAAUCUGACUUUGUUGAAUAAAUUGUCUAAUCUAGAAUGCUAAGGUUUGUUUGCAGAUGCACAGAAAAUAGAUUUAAUAUUUGCGCAUUUGGAAAUAUCGAAGACUCGCUUCACACUGACGUGUAUCAAAAUGACACCAUCGUCAUUUCUUCGAUUUCUAAAUUAUUUUAUUUUAUGAAGAAUGUUUAUUCGAACUUCGUCAAAUAAACAGUCAGGCCUAAGAUCCUGAUAUAGCUAGGUGAUUUUUACAGAACAAACUGCCUGGUGUCACUGAUCGAUGUAAAUGUAAAUGAUUAUUUGAGUUAAUGCUAAUGAAUCGUAUAUUUAAAAAACAGUAGAAAAUCUCACACAGAUGCAGGUAAAUUUGUUGCAGAUUAAUUUGCAUUGUGUGUAUUGAAUGACGUCAUCGCCUAUCCAAAGCUCUGAUAUGUACAUCUCUAUAACAUUAUUAUUGCCAUGACAGUCACAUGACAGUUGUCUUGCUUAAAGUCAUUAUAGUACGGGACGACGGAGGUGUGUGAUCAUCCUUUCAUCCGCUCUGUUGGUGUUUAAGAGUUUUUCGUGCACUUAUUCGCCCAUUAUCGUGAGCUCUUUCUCAGUGUAAGUGCAUUGGGAUCUUUAUCCGGAUCCCCAUAAUGAUGUUAGGUGAAGACUGUGAACCUCGGUGUUAAUUGUGGCAUGGUUCAUGCAUUUAAUGGUUACUCGUUUUUAACGGAUCCAAAAUAAAAAAGGAAAAAAAAAAAUUUCAUUUUAUGAGUUGGUAAAGUUGCGAGUGUGUCGCUGGCUCAUCCUCUUCUCUCCUGAUGUGCAGUGAUUGAAUCCUCUUCCUGCCGCUUUGCUCUCGAUGGUAGUGUUUGAUUUGUUUGUAAGUGUGUUUAGUUCGUGGUGAAAUCCUUCUCUGUCCCCUCUCUCUCUCUCCCUCUCUCUCUCUCUCUCCCUCUCUCUCCUUCUCUCUCUCUCGCUCUAUCCUUCUUCUUGCAUUCGUCUUUUGUACACUCCCUGAAGAAUGCGUAGUAGCACACGCUGUACCAUGACUCUGUUUUGUACAUAAAUGUGCCGACCGCUUGACAGUGGCUUUUCUGAUAUGCUUGCGUGAAAUAAAAUAAAUACACUGGUGUAAUUGGUAAUAAA